AUGGCUGGAAUACCAACUACACAAAUCUUUCCAAUGAGCUUAGACAAACCGAUAACACUCGUGGUGGCAAGGCCGUCGAAGAACGAAAGAGAAAAAGGGGAGGAAGAACAAGAAGAAGUAUUGGUGAUAGAAGAUAUAGAAGUUAAAAAUGAUGAGUAUGUAAAGUUUGAUGUGUUCAUCAAUGAUGAAGAUGAUGUGGCAGCAAGUGUUGGAGGGGCUGGAAAAACCGAGUUUGCCGGUAGCUUUGUGAAAGUGCCACAUAAGCAAAGGGAGAAUCGCGAAGAUGGUGAUCACGCGAAGGUGAUGAUGAUGAAAACUAAGUUGAGAUUAGGAAUAAGUGAAUUGUUAGAGAGUUUGGGAGUUGAAGACGAUGAUGAAAAUGUUAUGGUCAAAUUGGUGCCAAAAUGUGAUAAUGUUCAUGUUAUGAUAGGUGGUAUAAAGAUUGAGAUUGAGUAA